AAAUCUGUGACGCUUGAACCCCUGUGGCUUGAUUUAGAGCAACUAGAGACGAUCGACGUACGUAGGCUUUUGAGAAAAAUCGAGCAAUGGAGCAAUGGAGCACCACACAAAGACGGAGACAAGCUGACGAAAGAAGAAAAGAAACAAGAGGCGGUGGUGUGUGGCAACGUGGUGGUGCCAGCUGGAGUGGGUGCAUUUGUGCAUCGGUGCCUUGCUUUUUUCGGCAUCCACGCCAGAAUCUCGUAUCCCAACUCCAGUCAACUCCGCUCUCCCGCUGGCUGACGUUGUUCUCUGGCUUUCCUUUUCAAGGCUGGCUUCUCCUUUUUUUUCUUUCUUUUUUCUUUCCCGCUCUUUUCUUCUUCUUAUACCAUCUCAUCCUUCGUUGUUUCUUGGUCUCUCUAUCCCCUCGUGGCUGCUGACCUCGUCCCUUCGCUUUUGACCUGUGAUAUAGCAACGAGUAAUAUCGUCAAGCUAUAUUCUUGCAAGGACAUUCGCUUGUUUCUGCCUCGGCUUCCAUUUCGUUCGCUUUUUUGGAACCGACGACAC